AUGGCGCCGCUUGGAGGAGGAGGAGGCCCUGGAGUCGGUGCCCCGACUGGCGGAGUGCCUGCCAUCGGCUGCUGGGGAGGCAUCGACAUGCCACCACCUCCGGGUCCGAUGCUUCCACCUCGAGGUGCAGGGCUUGGGGCCCCGCCUGGCGCAGACAUGGCCCUGUAUGUCCGAUUACGAGCAGACUUCUCUGCCGGGACCAAAAGUAACAGAAAGGACGGGAGAAAGGGAUGUUUAAUCGACAACGAUGAUGGCUGGCGGAGGUUUUGCGAGCCUCAGCGUUCUGAUAUUGGGCUAUGGCAUUUUGGGACUAGCGCCUUCCCCGACUUAUCUAAGCAGCCCCUAGUUCCCCAGGUCUCUGACACGUGA